AUGUCAAAUCCAGAGCCAAUCCAAACUAGAUCCUCAAAGAGAAGACUCGUCGCGACUGGUUCUGCAUCCAGUCCAGUUGAAACACCACAAGAAGGGAAACGGCCGAGAAGAACAACAGUGGAGAAGGAGACCCCCAAAAAGGACUCUGAUGUCAGCACACCUCAAAAAACACCGACGAGAACUCGAUUCAAGGGGCCAAUUGAAUCCGAUCUUGCUCGGGAGGCCUCCAUCGAUGAAACCCAAACCCCAGGAACCUCCUUUUUGGCCCCUGAUCAAAGUGAGAGCUCUUUCAAUGCCGACUUGUACAAGGAUUUGACCGAAAAAGAGAAGAUGCCAGUUUCUUUGUAUUUGAAACAACAACAACAGAGCCAGGUGGGUUGAAAAUACAUAUAUUAUUGUUUUAAUUUCAGGAUAAAAAAGAUAAAUCGGUUACUGAAGACGAGAAAGAGAUGGAAAAGCGGGUUAUGGAGCUUUUGGAAGGGCCAGAGGUUGGAGGUAAGUGGAAGCAACAAGAUUUUGAAUACACAGUUGGACAGUUUUAUAGUCGUCAUUUUUAGGAUUUGAGGAGGAGGUCGUGCCAUUAGACAGAAGAGAAGACAUGAUUGUAUGGGAAACGGAAGGUGAAAAGGGAAACAAUGUCAGUUUGAUCAUGUCGAACGAAGAACUCAAGAUGGCUCAAGAACUCCCUGAAGAAGUCCGGAAUGUCCUAGACAAGUUCAAUUCCCGGGAGAUCGAGAAGUACGAAGACUUACUGGAAGCUUUAAGAGGCGUAGUGACCGAAGGAUACGAUGAAAUUAGUCUUCUGCAAUUCUUGGAGUAUCGAAGGGUAAGUCGAAAGUGAAUUAUUGCUUUACUAAAUUUUUAUAUUCAGCUUGUGAAACCUCCGUCAGCAUCGGAGAACGCGAAGGAUUUAACUGAUGAAGAAAUCGCUGAUUUCGUUGGAUCUCUGAGUCAAGAAAGUGCUUACUUUUUGGACUUGUUUAACCAUCAAGUAAUCAGUGGACUUAACACUGUUGGUAUUAUCGUUGGAUCUCAAUCGGGCCUGACUUUUACAACUUCUACCGUCCAGAAGAUCCUGGAUGAGCGAAGAAAAAUAAAUCCACCACCGGUCGAUCGGGGACAGUAGGUGAAUUUAACAGUUGAUUUCACUUACAAGGGAUCGGCAUGCACUUGCCGCCUGGUUUCUUAACGAAACAUAUAUAAUUGGAAAGAUCAUGAAAAAUAGUAUGCAGCGCAAAAAAUUAUCUGCCCAAUUUGCCUUAGGGCAUAGAUACUACCAUUUUUUAAAACGGGUCUUUUGCGGCCAAGCCGCCGGUUUCUUAUAUUACAGUAAACUUGGCGGCUUGAAAUCGUCUCCAUCGAUUCCCUGGUAUCCAAAAAUUUUUAUCGCCGUCGUUUUAUGGCUUUGCCAAUCCUCGGUUUUGAAUUAUUCGACGUUGCUGUUAGUUACAAUUUUGUAAAUAAAACUAAGUUAAUGGGAAAAUUGUAGCAAAAGGCUUUGGAAAUACAUUUAUAUGAUGGUUGUGGUCAUUCACAAACGAAAAUUUCUAUGUCCUUUCUAACGGUUGGCUAACUGGGUCAGAAACAGUGUUUUUUGGCCGAUUUUAGGACUUUGGCAUAACGCCCAUGUAAUUAUUAUUAAUGGCAUUUUCAUGGCCGGCAAGUUUAUGGUUGUUUCAAAAAAAGACCAAAACCUCAAAAAAUCGUGUAAAUAUGGAUUUUAAAGGGACCACUACCACACGGCCAGAAGAACUCUGUCGAAUUUCCAGGGGUUUCUAAUUUGACGCCGGAAAUUAGGUCAAAACAUGUAGUUUGGCCAUAACUUUGUCCUAAGAAAAAUUGGGCAGCUAAUUUUUUGUACUAUUUUUGAUGCUUUUUCAAAUGAUAUAGGUUUCAUUAAAGACCCGGGUUGAAAUUUUGUGCCGAUCUCUUGUUAUUGCUUGGAACAUUAAUAAUGAAUAAUGCUUUGCUUCAGUUCUGAAAUCGUGGUGACCGCGGGCUAUUUGAGUCAUGAUUACUGGCCUUCUCUCUUAUGUGUUCCUGACGGCGAGCAUUAUUGUCGAUACUUCAAUUUAACUAAUACCCGGAACGACGGAUUCCACAGGUAUUAUCGAUGCUCCAAAUGUUGUACGUUAAAAAAUGUCAUCGAUCAGCAGAACAAACGGGGUGACAUGCCUCAUAUUGAUUUUGUCGUCCCAAAAAUUCAGAUCCACGGGGAUAGUUUGGUGACUGAUCUCAACGCUCUUGAACAUCAUGAAGAUUGUAAAUCUAUGCCGAUUCCAGUUAUGUUAGCUGAACAGUUAGACAGACGAGCGAGAAGACAGGUCUCUCUGGGCUUGAUGGCUCCAAGGGAGGCGUGGACUGAUGUAAGAAGCCACCUUUAUAUUUUUCUUGGUUAAAAAUAGCGGCUUAAUAAUCAAUUCGAAUGUUUAGGCGUAUUUCGAAGCUCUUCGAAUUGCUGAUACGGUCUCUGCAUAUCACCCCUCGUUCCGUUUGGUGGCCGAGAUCUUCCCUUCGUAUGAUGUUUGUCGGGGCCAAUAUUCAAGGAACUUCCAUAAGCUGAAACGGAGACUAUCAAUGCCAUUGGAAUUCGAACCGAUGGUGGAUAAACGAAAGAUUGUGCAAUCAUCAGCGGAUGUCCUGGAGAUUUUUGAAUCCCCUUCGAGCUCUGAUCCCAAGAGAAAACGACUUUUGAAGACAAGUUCUUUGAGAAGAGGCCGAGAAGCCGACGAGAGAUUCAAUCAGAUGGUCCCGGAAACCAUCAAGAAUGAGAUGGCUCCUGGCUAUAUAUCCGUAGAAGAGAAUAGUGUCUACUACUACGAUGGGAACGAAUAUUAUGGUCCCGUAGUUGAAGAAGUGUCCAUGGAAGAUGUAGAGCAAGAGGAAGUUGUGGUCACUGAUGAUCAACACCAACAAACACGCUCCCAAGGACCGCCUGAGAUCGAACCUGAAGCUCCUUCGACUUCUGCAAAUGCAGAAAGAUAA